UGUCUUCCAAUAUGUACAAACUAUUGGUGCAUAUUGAGCAGAUUGUGCUCGAGCUGAUCUCAAGUAUAACGUCUUUUGAGAAUGUUACUUUAAAAGUUCCACGCAAAUGUCGAGAUUGGUACGACCCAAUCAAUUUUGAGGGUAAUAUCGGAGUAUUUGAGAACGUGAAGGCAAUUUUGAAUUGUCGCAAAAUUAUGUACAAUAAUCGACGUAGUCGUCAUCGGUUUUGUCUGAUUGUGUAUCUUUUGGCCGAGAUCCAUAACUUGCACUUGUCCGGCGGUAGUUGCACAAUCCGUGGACUCUACUAUCGGGACACUCAUGUGGUUCGUUCGCAGAGCUACAUUGUGGCAGCCAAAUUGGAUGUCUGCCGCAUGCUGAACACGGCGCCCGUCAAUCUGGGCAUAUUAUCGGCGUCGAAAGGACUCAUUGCAGGCGACAUAAAGCUGCUUAUGAGCAAUGGCGAUAUAUUGGACUGCAACGUCUAUUGUGGGGCUAUAACAUUGCCAACGGACUUUGAGAAUGUGGAACGCAUUGUGACAAAUGCCGAAAUGGUGCUGAUCGUUGAAAAGGAGUCUGUCUUUGAGAGCUUGCUUGCCUGCAAUGCGUUUAGCACAUUUGGCUUGCGUUUCAUUUUGUUGACCGGCAAGGGAUAUCCGGACUGUACAACGCGACGCAUUGUGCACAGAUUGUCCGUUGAGUGCAACUUGCCUGCCUAUAUACUCGUAGAUGCCGAUCCGUUUGGCAUUGAGAUAAUGCUUACCUACCGACACGGCUCGCAAGCCAUGAGCUUCUCGUCCAAGAGUCUUGCCACACCAAUGCUGCGCUGGAUUGGCUUGCAUCCGUCCGAAAUUGACAGUAUUUCCAAACGCGCUGUUGCCCUUACCAAAUACGACAAUAAAAAGAUUAUUGAUAUUCUUUCUCGCAGUUACAUUAGCUUGGGUGUCAGGCAGGAGCUGCAGACGCUGCAAAGAAUUCAGUUCAAAGCCGAAAUCGAGAGUGUCAUUGAUUUUUUAAGUCCUUACUAUAUACCCACUAAAAUUAAUAGGAAUUUGUUCUUGUAAUUUUUUCAAAUGGUUUUCUCAUCAAAUUGAUUAAACUAAACUAAAACUGUUUAUAGAGAUUGCUAGCAAAAGUUGAAUAGAAAAUUUCCACGCACCCAAAGCUAAUGUACUUUACUUUAUUUCUUUAAAAGAAAUUUAUUUGUAUUAAUAUUUGAAAACUGCAUUUCUUAUUUGCUGUAACCCUUUAUAAGUUCAUGUACACAAUCUUCUUGCACAAAAAUUGCAAAAGUCUUGCUAAAAUUGUGUCUAGAGCCCCAUUCGCACCACUUUUCCAAGAUUUAACUUAUACUUUUUGGACGAGCCGGAAUGCCAAAGUGGGUUGGGCAAUUUAUAAUUCCGUCGAUCACAAUCUGGAUUUGCUUUAAGUAUUUGUGUAUAAAGCAAAACCCAAAUUGUAUAGUUUUGAAUAGAAAAGAGAAAAUAUGCUUUAAAUGCGUUUAUGUUGAGGGGUACACAAAACUGUUUAUUUUUCUAAUUAAUAUGGCCAACUAUUUUCGAUAUGUUUUAAGAAACAAUAUUUGGACAUCAAAUGACAAACAUAUAUUUGAUUAUGACCAUUUUUUUUAAACCAAAUUCAUAAUGCACAGAAGCAUGAACCAACAUUCCAAAGGACCUUAGGAUUAACAAGAUGACAAAUGACUUGAGGAAUUGCCAAAAGUUAAAUACAAUAUAUUGAUUAAAGCACUUAAGA